UCCCAUUGCCGGGAGCCGUUUGGGGUCCCCAUGCUCAUCCCUGGGGGCCCCUGUGCUGCAGGGGGGCACGGAGCAGUGCGAUACCCCAGCCCCACAGUUCUGCCCCGCUCGGGUCCCUCAGCGCCGGGCUCAGCCCACUGCCACGUGUCUGCUCCUCAUUAGGGGCUGGAACGGGGCCAGGGGAGGACGGGGCCACGCAGCGCAGAGCCCGUAACCCUUUGGUCCCCAUUGGUGGCUCUGCCCCAUCCCCACAUCCCAGCACCCCCGGGUGCCACGCCGUGCCCACGCUCACCCAGGGGUUGGGACCCCCCCAGGUGUUCCCGGCCAACAAGGACCCUGAGACGCCGGUGCUGAACACACUGCCGUGCCCGGCGGUGGCACGAUACAUCCGCAUCAACCCACAGAGCUGGUUUGAGAACGGCACCAUCUGCCUGCGGGCCGAAGUGCUGGGCUGUGCCAUGCCAGACCCCAACAACAUCUACCAGUGGCCCUAUGAGCCCGUGCCCACCGACAAGCUGGAUUUCCGGCACCACAACUACAAGGAGAUGAGGAAGCUGAUGAAGAGGGUGAACGAGGAGUGCCCCAACAUCACCCGCAUCUACAGCAUCGGGAAGAGCUACCUGGGCCUCAAGAUGUACGUCAUGGAGAUCUCCGACAACCCGGGGCGGCACGAAGUGGGCGAGCCCGAGUUCCGCUACGUGGCGGGGAUGCAUGGCAAUGAGGUGCUGGGCCGGGAGCUGCUGCUCAACCUGAUGGAGUAUCUGUGCCGCGAGUUCCGGCGCGGCAAUCCCCGCGUGGUGCAGCUGGUCACCGGCACACGCAUCCACCUCCUGCCCUCCAUGAACCCCGACGGCUACGAGACCGCCUACCGCCUGGGGUCGGAGCUGUCGGGCUGGGCCAUGGGCCGCUGGACCUAUGAGGGCAUCGACCUCAACCACAACUUCGCCGACCUCAACACGGCGCUGUGGGACGCUGAGGACAACGACCUGGUGCCCCACCAGUUCCCCAACCACUACAUCCCCAUCCCUGAGUACUACACCUUCGCCAACGCCACGGUGGCCCCAGAGACGCGGGCAGUGAUCGACUGGAUGCAGCGCUACCCCUUCGUGCUGAGCGCCAACCUGCAUGGCGGGGAGCUGGUGGUCACCUACCCCUUUGACAUGACCCGCACCUACUGGAAGGCUCAGGAAUUGACCCCCACUGCGGACGACGGCGUGUUCCGCUGGUUGGCCACCGUCUACGCCACCUCCAACCUGGCCAUGGCCAGCGAGGAGCGGCGCCUCUGCCACUACGACGACUUCAUGCGCACCGGCAACAUCAUCAACGGGGCCAACUGGCACACGGUGCCCGGCAGUAUGAAUGACUUCAGCUACCUGCACACCAACUGCUUCGAGAUCACCGUGGAGCUCUCGUGUGACAAAUUCCCCCACGUCUCCGAGCUGCCGACGGAGUGGGAGAACAACCGCGAGUCGCUGCUGCUCUACAUGGAGCAGGUGCACCGUGGCAUUAAGGGGGUGGUUCGGGAUGAAGAGACGGGUGAGGGCAUCGCCAACGCCAUCAUCUCUGUGGAUGGCAUCAACCAUGAUGUGCGGACAGCUGUGGAUGGGGAUUACUGGCGGCUGCUGAACCCCGGCGAGUACGAGGUGACGGCGCGGGCCGAGGGUUACGAGGCGGCCACACGGCCGUGCCGCGUCUCCUUCGAGAACGUUCCCACGCCCUGCAGCUUCCGCCUG